UCUGCAUCUCUGGCUCUUUGUCACAGACAAAAGAGGCUCUUAAGCAACACUCAGCUUGGCAAGCCUGGAGACAGAAGAACCAAGAUGCCACGCUCAAAUUGUGAUGUCAUGGCCAAAGAACCUAGCACUAACCUGGAGAGCGCCAUGCAGAUGCUCAUUAAGACCUUCCAUAAGUACUCGGGGAAAGAAGGGGACAAAUUCACGCUUAGCCGAGGGGAGUUAAGAGAACUACUGACGGAGGAAUUGGGCAACUAUCUCGGGAAUGCACAAGACAAGGAUGCUGUGGAGCGAGUGAUGAGUGACCUGGAUGCCAAUAAUGAUGGUGAGGUGGACUUCACUGAGUUCAUCAUCCUGAUUGGUGCGCUCACCGUAGCCUGCAAUGACUUCUUCCUUGAUAGUCCACCACCCAAGAACAAGCCUGAUCUAAAGUCAGACACAAAGGACGGAGAGAAGAAAGAGUAAUAAGGGGAUGAGAAUGGGAGCAUGACAGAGAAACGUAUCAGGUGGUCUCUGUAACCAGGAGUGAUGGUCUGAGAAGAGACCCGUCUGUUUUGAGCUUUUAAUUACUUAAAAUUUCCAGUUAUUAUGUUUGUCAUUAUUCUGUGCCUUAAACACAUGAACAUGUUCAGCAAUUUCAGAACAUAUUUUCCCAAUCCUAAUCCCAUUCCCAAUCCUAAUCCUAUUCCUAAUCCCAAUCCCAUUCCUAAUCCCAGUCCUAAUACAUAUCCCAUUCCUAAUCCCAAUCCCAUUCCUAAUCCCAACCCUAACCCCAAAUCCUAUUCCUAAUCCCAAUCCCAUUCCUAAUCUUAAUCCAAAUCCAAAUCCAAUCCUAAUUGUAAUCUCAUUCCCCAGGUAAGCAGAAAAUGCAGCUGGAAACACAUUUGUUUAAAUUAAA